UGGCGGCUGCGUGUCGGCGGGCACGGAGAACGUACAUGUACGCGUCCGAAGCAGCAGACAUGCCGUCACACGAUCGCCAUCAUUGUCGUCUUCGCAGGCGCACCUUCGUUGUCGACGUGUACGCUGUGCACUCGGGUCGUCACUCUCAGCAUCGCUGUUGUGCGGCCCGACACACGUGGAGUCUUCUGCACUUGGCGACGCCCACGUCGACAGUACCAGUUUCGGCGAUGGCCAUGAACGGGGAGGCGGGCCGUGACACAUUGAGCAAGGUGGAAGAGGACGGCGGUGGCAGCAGCCGUGAACGCCAUCCUCUUCUGGUGUCAAUUGCAGAGGAGCGAGGGGAGGAUGAGAGCGACCAUUCGCGCACGGCGGAAGAGGACGCUGCAGUCCAUGAAUGUGGAGGGAGAGGACAAUGGUGCCAUUUGCGACGCCGUGCUGCAGGUGUGCUAUGCCAUGGGGUGUGGAGCAUUUCCCAGAUCGACGCUCAGGUGGUGGAUGAAGCGACGGACACGUGGGACGUGGGAGGAUCUGCGGCAAUGCGACGACGCGUCCGCGAACUACUUCAAGGACAAGCUGCGCAUGUCGCCACGUGUGUUCCGAGAGCCACGGAAGCUUUGUCUCCCUUCCUCGAAUGGCGUGUCACUUUCUAUAGGGAACCCCUCCAGCCUGACCACAUUGUCGUGUACGCUUUGUACAGGUGGGCGUCGGCCGACACGUACGAGAGCGGGACAUGCAGCUUCGGCAUUGGCAGAUCUUCUGGGUUGGUGGUUGUGCGGGAUGUAACUGAGGCGUUGCUGAGUGUGUAUGCCGACAAGAUAUCCUGGCCGACGGGGCUGCAGAAGGCGGUCGUCUUGCGCGCUUUCGCUUACAAGGGUUUCCCUAACUGCCAUGGGUGCAUCGAUUGCACCCACAUCUUCAUCAACAAGCCAGCGAAUUGCCCCCGGGAGGACUACUACGAUAGAAAACGACGUUUCUCUGUCCAGGCGCAAGUCGUUGUCGAUCUGAACGAAGUCUUGCGCGUGCUGGAUGUGUUCGUCGGUUAUUCGGGAAGUUGCCACGACGUGAGGAUCGUGCACCUGUUGAGUUUAUGGGCGCGCGCUGAGGCAGGGUAACUUUUCACUGAGCCACCUAUUAUGCUGCCUUUCGGUG